AUGAUAAUCUCAUCGAACCGGGCGUACUUUUUCCUACGCUCGCUCAUCCUACUCUUCCGCUACGCCGCCCUCCUCCAACUCGCCUUCCUCCUCUUCCGCGCCCACCAACACGGCGGCUGGCGCGCCGCCUUCGCCUCCUCCCUCCUCUUCCGCCUCGUCGCCGCGCAGUUCCUGCUCGAGAUCUUGUUCGCCGCCACCGUCUACCGCGCCUACGUAGCUAGCAUCCAGCGUCCCGCGCACCACCCGGCCCCGGGCACGCGCGCGGAGCGCCGCGCCCUCUUUUACAAGUGCUUCCACCACGUGUCCAAUGGCGACGAGUACCUCGCGCUCUGGUUCCUCGACUGCCCCGACAUGCGCGAGGUGCGCCGCGACAACGGGCACGAUGCCGAUGCGGAGGUGCGGGAGGAGCUUGAUGAAUACGUUGGCCACAUCGAAGACAAGCUCGGCCGUAAGCUCGAGCCCGGGCGCGGGACGGCCAAGUGUUUACGCCUCUCCCUCGACGACGUCGACUACUGUUACCGCAGCCUGUUUUGGUACAUGACCAUCUUCGCCAUCGAUGCGGUGACCCACGUCGCCCUCUGGUCGCAGGGUUUCUCCCACUACGGCCAGGACUUGCGCAAGAACGCGCGCGUGUUCCCGCCACGCCUGAGUCACGUCAUCCCCACGGACCGGAGCACGGCCUCGGACCUCACGUACUGGUACCGUCCGCACACCGCUCCCGACAAGCUACCCAUUGUUUUCCUGCACGGCAUCGGUAUCGGCCUGAGCACCUACGCGCAAUUCUUCUCCGAACUCGACGGCGGAGCUGCGGCGCGCGGAUCUAUAGCGGACCUAGCCCAGGAGAAGGAGAAGAAGAAGGAUGGGAAGAACUGGAACGGCAACGGCAACGGCAACGACGACAAAGACCACGGGCAAAUCGGCAUCCUCGCCAUUGAGAUACUCCACAUCUCGUCCCGGCUCUGCUUCGACGAGCCCCUCGACCACGCCGAAAUCGCGCGCCAGAUCGGCCAGAUCCUCGACCACCACCGCAUCGGAGACUUUGUGCUCGUCGCCCAUUCUUUUGGCACCGCCGUUUCGACGCAGCUGCUGCGCUCGCCCGCGCUAUCGCCUCGCAUCGCCUCCCUUGUACUCGUCGACCCCGUCAGCCUGCUGCUGCACGAGCCGUACGUGGCCUACAACUUUACCCGCCGGCCGCCGCGCACGACGGCGGAGUGGCAGCUCUGGUUCUUUGCGCGCAUGGACCCGGGCGUGGCUUACAAGAAGAUGGAGGACAACAAGGCUCGGGGUAGUGGCGGGGACUGCGCGGCGGAGGAGAAGACGUGGCGUCGUGUGGCCGUCUUCUUGGCCGAGAGGGACAUUAUUAUCUCGGCGCCCGCGGUGCUCGAGUACCUCCAGGACGAGUUUGGCAUCGAGCUCAACCUGCCCGGCGGCGGGGCUAGUGGCGGGCAAGCUCAUCCUGCGCCGGGGAGAGUGGCUGUUACGUGGUUGCCUAGUCUGGACCAUGCUCAGGUUUUCAAUACGCGGGAUGAUCGGGAAAAGCACAUCUCUUCUUCGUCAUCCACAUCAUCCCCGCUACCCCUCGAGCUCGUCGUCGUCCUCGAAAUGCUCGGCCUCGCCUGCGCCGUCGCCGCCUGGCUCCUCCUCGUCUCCCGCACCGCCAGCGCCUCCGCCGCCCGCUCCCUCGUCAAGGCCUGGUGCGUCGGCGUCGCCAUCGCCGCCGUCAUCGCCUUUGUCGCCCUCAAGGAAACCGCCCUCGCCGGCGCUCGCCCCUUCCUCCUCGCCGAUGCCGACUCCGACGCCCACGCUUGUCCCGGCCACGCCGUCCUCAUGCCCGCCCAAGCCAUCUUUGGCACCACCGACGUCAAGAUCCCCACCCUAGGCCUCGUGGGCAACAGAAUCGGCGAGAUCCUCCGCAUCGUCGGCAUCCCCACCCUCUUCUUCGCCGCUCUCACCCUCGGCUGCAUUACCGCCAAGGGCCCCGCCGCCGACCUGCAGAGCCAGUCCAAGGUCCUCGACCUCGGCUUCGGUCCCUCGUCGCACUCCAACAACAACUCCUCCCCCGACAUCAUACAGCCCAAGUCUUCCUUUCUCAGCGGUGAGAGACUCGUCUCCCUCUUUCGCAAGCUCCUCACCGCCGCCGUCCCCGCUCUUGUCGUCGUCAUGAUCCACCGCACCGAGACCUACCUUUUGCGCAUGCAGCCCGUGGCCCCAGAGUCGGAACCCAUCAAGUCGGUCGGCCAGUGGGGGUCCUGGGCUGCCACCGCCGUCGUUCUCUUCGCCACCUUGGUCAAUGCUGCUAGGGGCAGCAUGGGGUAUGAUUCGCCCGACGAUGCGCUGGCCGAGAAGGGUCGGCUGGACGAUGCUGUGAGGUGA